GUCCACACGUGUGUCGUGAUGUGAUGUGAACUUGGUCAGUUUUCGUUAUUCUACUAAAACUCUUAAUAUCUUAAACAUUUUGUGUAGAUUUCCUUCACAACCUUUAGAAAUGGCUGACAUUGUACAACAACGAUUAGAGGACAAAAUACCAGCGCUUGAACAGCUGGAGAGAGUCGGUUUGUUCACGAAUAAAGAAGUCAAGUCCAUGUUGAAAAGAUCUACUGCUCUUGAAUACAAGCUGCACCGGGCAGUUCAGAGUAAAGAUGACUUUAUUACAUACAUACAGUAUGACAUAAACGUCCUAGAACUCAUCAAGAAGAGGCGGGCGAGAAUUGGUUACCAUUUUAAACGCGAAGAAAUUGAGUAUCCCAUCAUUCAUCGCAUAAACAAUGUUUUCAGAAGGGCUACCACAAAAUGGCAGGAAGACGUGCAGCUCUGGCUUUCUCAGGUUGCUUUUAAUAAGAAAUGGGGCACAAAGACUCAGCUCAGCAAGGUUUUGUCAUCUAUGUUAGCUAUCCAUCCGGACAAACCAGCUCUGUGGAUAAUGGCUGCUAAGUGUGAGAUGGAGGACAGGAACUCUUCAGAGAGUGCUCGACAUCUCUUCCUCCGUGCCCUGCGCUUUCAUCCAGAGAAUAAGAAAGUCUAUCAGGAGUAUUUUCGGAUGGAGCUCAUGCAUGCUGAGAAAUUGAGGAAACAGCAGCAGGAGUUGGAACAAGCUAAAAUAGAUGUGGGGGAAUAUAAAUUUUCUCCGGAAAUCUUGAGUGGAAAACUUGCUGAGGUGGUAUACAGAGAUUCUGCACAAAAAAUUAAAGGGGCUGAAUUCAUCUUGUCCCUGCUACAGAUCGCUGCCAUCUUUGACUUCACAAAGGAGCUACAUGAGACCAUCCUGCAAGAUCUACAGAGUAAGUAUAACGAUGACUGCCUGAUGUGGGAUUUCAUGGCUAAGCGUGAGCUGGAUGCUGCCAGUGCCCCGGAGCUCCUGUCUGCGAAAGGAAGAGCUUCUGAUACAGACCGCAGAGAAGAUCGCUGCUGUGCCGUUUAUGAGGCGGCUCUGAAGAGCCUUAAUACAGAGGCCAUGUGGACAUGCUAUGUCAAGUUCUGUCUUGAGAGAUAUAAGAGGAAGACAAAUGUCACUGAACUCAAGGAAAAGAGAAAGGAGCGAUUACUCCAAGUCUUACAGAGUGCUCAUGAUGCCAAGCUUUUGCAAGAGACUUACUACAAGAACUGGCUACAGGUCCUGCUGUCAUCAGGGGAUACAGUAUCUGCUACCCAGAUCGCCAUCACAGCCACUCAGCGCUUCAGCCAAUCAGUAGAGAUGUGGAGCUUCAGCCUCCAGACAUUGGUCCAUCUGGAGAGCGCAGAGGCGGGACAUCUAUUCCAGGAAGCCCUGAAACGCGUGAAUCCCAAGGAAAGUCUGGCAUUAUGGCAGCUGCAAGCAGAUUGGAGCAUGACCUUACAGACACCAGAGGAAACUGAGAGCUUUUUUCAGAAAGGCCUACUGUCCCCAGUACCUGCAGUGUCAGCUGCCAUGAAGGAAAAAUACCUUGAUUGGUCAUACAAAACUGGUAGUUACAAAAGGGCUAGAAAAACUUUCACAAGCUUACAUGAACACAGACCCUUUACUAAGGCAUUCUUCCUGAUGAUGAUUCAGAUCGAGAAAGAGCAGGUGACACCAAAGAUGAGUAAUCUGAGAGAUUACUAUGAGCGAGCACUUCGUGAGUUCGGCUCCUCAGAUGAAGAUCUGUGGAUGGACUACAUCAAGGAAGAGUUAGCUAGGCACGGAAACCCAGAGAACUGUGGGAAGCUCCACUGGAGGGCUGUUAAAACCUUGGAGGGUGAAAGUGUUGAGCGUUUUACCACCAAGUACACACUGCUGCAGACCGGGAACAUUUAAAACCAGCAUGAAUCUUUAACGUGUCUGUGUUGAUCAUAUCUGGAGCACACAUUGACUGAUAGCCUCAGGAGUUUACCUUUGAAAAGCCUAAUUGUUGAAAACAUUGAAGUUCCAUUUAUCUUUUUGAUAUUUUUUUAAACAUGCUGGCAUUUGAUCUUUCCAUGUUGUUCCAGAAAUAAACAUUUUAUUAUGACA